CGCAGUUGGCCGCUAUGGCCUUACAGGGAAAGAAGGGGGCUCCGCUGCUGCGGUUGUUCGUCGCGUUGCUCGUCUUGUCUGUCGCCUCAGCGCAGUUCAGUGCAAACGAUGUCGUAUCUCGCAUCGAUAGAAACCUCAUCGACUGGGCUAUCGGACAAGGGAUCCAAACGCAACGGCACAUAUGGAACGUCACGGAGCCGGUACUCUUUGACAGCGGAUUCGCCCUUCGUCCUCCAGAACCAUCCUGGUACCAGGCUGCCCUCUUCAAGACGAAAGUAAUCUCGAAAAACCUCUCGGCCGUGGCUGUUAUUACCGAAGAAGCGACGAAGAACAUCGUGCGCCACCUGGAGUUGAGCCCCCGCGACGUAGCCUUCAGCUUGACCAAAGUGGACAUCGCCUUCCGCGCCUGCCCAUACCGUCCGAGGCCCUGUGGACGCCCAUCAAAAUACCGCUCCUACGAUGGCUUCUGCAACAACUUGCAAAACCCGUAUUGGGGCAGCGCCAACUUACGCUACCUACGCUUCCUGCCGCCCAGUUACGGAGAUGGUGUGAGCCUCCCACGUCAGGACUCGCGGGGCUCCCCUCUGCCGAGCGCACGUGCCGUGAGUGCCUCUAUGCUACUGGACCAGGACCGCCCACACGAGCACGUCUCCAUGAUGGCUAUCUUCUGGGGCAAUUUUGUUUUUCAUGACAUGGUCCACACAGCGCAGACGGCAGGAUUCCAGGGUUCCAGGAUCAAGUGCUGUGGCGUGCAGACCGCACAUCCCGCAUGCUUGGCGAUUGGUGUAGCCCAGAACGACCCCUUCUACGGGCGUUUUGGACAGCGGUGCUUGGAGUACGUGCGUUCCAGUACUGCACCAAGGGAGACUUGCGGACUGGGACCACGUGAACAGAACAACCAGGUGACAUCGUUCCUCGAUGGUUCCACCAUCUACGGAUCUUCGGAGGCUGAAGCACGUUUCCUCCGAUCCUUCGAGGGUGGCCAACUGCUCAGCCAACGGAGCUCGGACGGUGACCAGCUUCCUGCAGCCGACCUAGCGACCCUCGACUGUAGGGGAUCAUUCCCUUGCUUUUCAAGCGGCGAUCCCCGCGUCAAUUCCAACCUGGGCCUCGCCAUCAUGCACACCGUUUGGCUCCGGGAACAUAACCGCGUCGCCAAACAACUGGCACAGCUCAAUCCGGACUGGGAUGACGAAACUCUAUUCCAGGAGUCCCGCCGUAUAGUGGGUGCAGAGAUGCAGCAUAUCACAUUCAAGGAAUUUCUUCCUACGCUACUCGGUCCCGAAGUCGUAGAGAGGUUUGGGUUGCGUAUGGACAGCCAAGGCUUCUUCCGUGGCUACGACUCGAAACGCCUCCCUGGGGUAACCAACGUCAUGGGCACCGUCGGUCUUUGGGCACUUCUCUCUGCAACGCCGGCUCAACACCAUCUCUUUGAACCACACAGGUUCCGCCGUUUGGGGAGCCUCUCUGCCGCGGACACCGCUUUCCGUCCAGACGAGCUGUACAGUGGCCAGCGUCUACGGCAGCUGGCUGCAGGAGCCCUCAUGCAACGAGCCCAACGCAUGGAUAACUUCGUUUCGUCUCAUCUGACAAACUCCAUGUUCGCUUCAUCACAGAGAGAGCCAGGUGUUGACAUGGCGGCUGUUGCCAUCCAGCAGAGCAGAGACCACGGCAUCGCAGGCUACACUCGCUGGCGCCAAUUUUGUGGUCUCCGUGUCAUCGAAGACUUCGACGGCCUGUCACGCGUCAUGGAUUCGGACUCUGCCUUCCGCCUGGGCCGGCUAUACAGCAACGUUCACGAUAUCGACCUGCUGCCGGCCGCUUUGGCUGAAACCCCUGUGGAAGGUGGCCUUGUGGGACCAACGCUAGCUUGCGUGUACGCGCAUCAGUUCAGGCACCUCCGUGUGUCUGAUAGGUUCUGGUUCGAAAACAGCGGCCAACCUUCUUCAUUCACGGAGCAGCAGCUACUGGAACUUCGGAAGGUGUCUUUAGCGAGGGUGCUCUGUGACAACGUGUUCCGCACAGGGGUCGUGCAACCAAGAACAAUGCAGGUGCCCGACCCAUGGUUGAAUAAUCUCAUGUCAUGCGACGACCGACUCUUGGGUAGCAUGAACCUGGACUCAUGGGCUACGGAUUCGCCGCUGAAGAGCAUACCUCCUGGAGUUAUGCAGGACGCCCUAGGUAAUCUGGUGCAAGCUGCUAGAAAUUUCCCAGGAGAACCUUCAAGGGGAGGCUUCAUGCGAGCCACGACGGGUUCCAGAACAAUUCACAAUCAGUCCCAGGCACUGGAGGAUGCGACAAGACGACUGCUGAAAAACCUCAGACGAAAAAACACGGAAGAAGUGAUACCGGCAUUGCGGCGUGUCGAUCUGUCAAAGUUCAGCGCCGAGUUCGAAGAACCGGCAGCGUGUGAGGAUACGCUCACGGCCUGCAAUCCAAGGAGUCCCUUUCGUACGCUUUCUGGCAGGUGCAACAACCUAAGGAGGCCUAACUUGGGGAAGGUGGGUCACAGCUUUCGGCGAAUGCUUCCUGGUCUGUACGAGGAUGGUGUGUCGGCCCCACGAAGUCGAAGCGUUACAGGACAAGCGCUUCCCAGCCCCAGACUCGUGUCGUUUAGUGUCCACAGCGACAUAAGUCACCCGCACCAGCGCUACACCAUGAUGCUGAUGCAGCUUGGUCAAUUCAUUGAUCAUGAUGUUGCCCACACGCCACUUGCUGAAGGACCAAACGGGCAAACGCUGCGCUGCCGCUCCUGCGACUCUCCGCGUACAGUGAACCGCGAAUGCUUUCCCAUCCCCAUACCACAAAACGACCCCCACUUUCCUUCGGUGAACCGCAAGACACAACAACCCGUCUGCUUGCCACUCACUCGAUCUAUGUCAGGACAGCGCACCCUUGGCAGUCGGGAACAGAUAAACCAGGUGACCGGGUACCUUGAUCUGUCGACAGUAUACGGCUCUGAUGAAUGUGCCAGAGAUGAGCUGCGCUUGUUCCGCGCCGGCCUACUCAACAUGAGCUCGCACCCAGCUGGACAGGGCCUGCAGCCGCUGCUGUCCGAGGUGGACGGGGCUGCUGACUGUAUCACUUCCAAUGGGCGGUGCUUUAUCGCCGGAGAUACUCGUGUCAGUGAGCAGCCGGCACUCACGGCUGUGCACACCGUCAUGGCCAGGGAGCACAACCGCAUCGCGCGCAGUUUGCAGUCGUUGAACCCGCACUGGAAUGACGAACGUACUUUCCAGGAAAGCCGUCGGGUUUUAGGAGCCAUGUUUCAAAGAAUAGUCUACAACGAGUUCCUGCCACGUACAUUGGGCUGGGAUGCCGUCAGCCGCUGGGGCCUCCACCUACGUGACACUGGCUACUACGGGGGCUACGACCCGGACUGCGACGUUGGAACCUUCAACGAGUUUGCAACGGCAGCAUUCCGUUUUGGGCACACGCUGCUGCCACCAUUCUUCAAGCUAGUCGGCCCGGCUUAUGAUGAGAUCGGAGGGGUGAAGUUGACCGAUGCAUUUUUCAACAGUCAGUCACUAUACCGAAAGGAUCGCAUAGACCAGCUGCUGCGAGGACUUAUGUCUACACCUAUGGAGAACUUCGAUAGCCACGUCACAGAAAUGGUAACCAAGCACUUGUUCGAAGCCAAGAGUGUUCCCUUCUCGGGUCUCGACCUGGUGGCCAUCAAUCUGCAGCGUGGCCGUGACCAUGGAUUGCGAACCUAUAAUGACUAUCGCGAGUUCUGUGGGCUUCCUCGAGCCAGGACUUUCCAAGAACUGGAGGGAGAUAUUCCCACUGCCACCAUUAGGGCCAUCGCUUCGACUUACAGGAAUGUGGAAGACAUCGAUGUGUUUACGGGCGGACUCUCCGAGAUUCCACUUGCAGGCGCUGCCGUCGGACCAACUUUCAGCUGUAUGUUGGCCUUCCAGUUCCAGCGACUGAGACGCUGCGAUCGCUUCUGGCACGAAUCGCGUGAUCCAGCAAUUCGCUUUACGGAAGACCAGUUGACGGAGAUACGCAAGGCGUCCCUGGCCAAGAUCUUUUGUGAGAACUCAGAUACCACUAGGUUCAUUACGAGGAACGUCUUAGACAUCUACGAUCCUUUCCUGAAUCCCCGGGUAUCCUGUGCCAGCAUCCAGGGCGUUGACCUGACUUUCUGGAGAGAAAACUCUAUUUGAGUGCUUGGCCAUGCAUGAUCAUCUGUACUAUAGCUAAGUUCAUCUCAUCAUGUGUAAAUAAAUUAUUCAUAUUUGAA